AUGAAGGCGGGUGAGAGCGGCUGCACAUCAAGUCAGUCCUGCGUCCCUCAGUCCUGCGUCUCUCAGUCCUGCGUCCCUCAGUCCUGCGUCCCUCAGUCCUGCGUCCCUCAGUCCUGCGUCCCUCAGUCCUGCGUCCCUCAGUCCUGCGUCCCUCAGUCCUGCGUCCCUCAGUCCUGCAUCCCUCAGUCCUGCGUCCCUCAGUCCUGCGUCCCUCAGUCCUGCGUCCCUCAGCGCGGCGUCCCUCAGUCCUGCGUCCCUCAGUCCUGCGUCCCUCAGUCCUGCGUCCCUCAGUCCUUCGUACCUCAGUCCUGCAUCCCUCAGCGCUGCGUCAAUCAGUCCUGCGUCCCUCAGUCCUGCGUCCCUCAGUCCAGCGUCCCUCAGUCCUGCGUCCCUCAGUCCUGCGUCCCUCAGUCCUGCGUCCCUCAGUCCUGCAUCCCUCAGUCCUGCGUCCCUCAGUCCUGCGUCCCUCAGUCCUGCGUCCCUCAGCGCGGCGUCCCUCAGUCCUGCGUCCCUCAGUCCUGCGUCCCUCAGUCCUGCAUCCCUCAGUCCUUCGUACCUCAGUCCUGCAUCCCUCAGCGCUGCGUCCCUCAGUCCUGCGUCCCUCAGUCCUGCGUCCCUCAGUCCUUCGUACCUCAGUCCUGCGUCCCUCAGCGCUGCGUCAAUCAGUCCUGCGUCCCUCAGUCCUGCGUCCCUCAGUCAUGCGUCCCUCAGUCCUGCGUCCCUCAGUCCUGCGUCCCUCAGUCCUGCGUCCCUCAGUCCUGCAUCCCUCAGUCCUGCGUCCCUCAGUCCUGCGUCCCUCAAUCCUGGGUCCCUCAGUCCUUCGUCCCUCACUCCUGCGUCCCUCAGUCCUGCGUCCCUCAGUCCUGCGUCUUUCACUCCUGCGUAGCUCAGUCCAGCGUCCCUCAGUCCUGCGUCCCUCAGUCCUGCGUCCCUCACUCCUGCGUCGCUCAGUCCUGCGUCCCUCAGUCCUGCGUCCCUCAGUCCUGCAUCCCUCAGUCCUGCGUCCCUCUCUCCUGCGUCGCUCAGUCCUGCGUCCCUCAGUCCUGCGUCCCUCAGUCCAGCGUCCCUUAG